AUGAAUAAAAGAUUACAAUUUAAGAACAAUGAUAGUAUCAUUUCUGGCAGCACAGGUAAGACCUUACCAUGACAGAGAAUUUGGCAUAAUAAUUUUGAUAAAAAUGAGAUGUUAAAAUAAGAAAAUACCCAUUUUGGGAGAGAUUCCUUACUUUAAUUAUACAGGAGCUAAGAAUGACAGUUUUGAUCCAUAUCAGCAUAGCUUAAGUACUCUUAAAAAUAAGAAAAUGAGUUAUUCCCCUGUUAUUAAUAAAAGAAGAUCUGGAAUGGCGAUGGGAAGAGAACAGAAAUUUUUAGGAAUCCAGAUUCAAAAUCUUGAUUCUGAGGAAUCGAAGAAAAGUCAAAGUGAAGACUCAAAAAGUGAGCAUGAGGACACUUUCUUUUUCCAAAAAUAGACCUCCUGCUAUCAGUAUGAAGCCGACCAUGAAUCUAGUUCCUAGAUUCAAGAAGAAGUUUAUUGAACAGCCCGACACACUGAGCUACGCUAGUGACCACAGUGGUCGUUCAUCAAUAAAAGAUGCCUAUCUGACUUCAACUCCUUAUGAGAAUUUUAAAAGGAAAUCUUCCAUCGAAAAGAAAGUAGCAAUGAAAAGAAUGUCAACUGUUUCUAACCUUUCAAGUUUAAAUAUCCUGAAGCCAAUAACUCCUCUCUCAUCCAAGAAAAGCCCACAAAUUGUCCGAAAAUAAGAUUGUUGCUAAAAAGGAAUCCCCAAAAACUUUACAUCUGAAAUUGGAGCAUUUAACUAAAAAGCUUGCUCUUCAAAAGAAGUCAAAGAAAGAACUUAAUGGCACACUUUUAGACUAAUCUUUAGAAGCUGUCAAGGAAUGUAUGGAAAAACAUAAGAAUGAACAUUUAAAGAAGAUAUCUAAAAAUAUGAAUUCCAAGCACCAUCAGCUUUUCUAUGGAAAAAACUCAUUUCCCAAGCUAGAGGCAAUGAGCGUUGAAGAGCGUGACAGC